AUGCUGAAGGUUUGGUGUCAGCGCUUCAGCGCCAUUGACAGACAGAGCUGCCGACCUCAUUAUCUCAGCGCUGGCCAUCUCAUCUGCUGCCGAAUCAGCACACAGGACAACAACCUUUUCCCUGAGAAGUUUCAACAAAGGUGCUUUCAAAUGCCCAGCCAGGUGACCAUCAGGACGGAGCCAAUGUUGACGGGGGGCCGAGACAGCCACCUUCGCUGCUUGGAUUUGCUGGGCCGAAGCAGCCCAUAUUUUCUGCAGGCUUUGGCUGAAGAUGUUGUCCUGAAAGUGCUGGGGAUCGUGCUUUGCAUGGCUGGCAACGCUGCCACUUUGUUGGGCAACGACUCCCAAGCCAAUCAGAAAGGUGAGUUGUCGGGCGACAUCCUCUGCCUCAUAGCUGCCAUGCUGUACGCGGUCUACACCACGGUGUUGAGCAGCUUGGUGCAGCCACAGUUUUCCAUGGCGAUGCUUUUCGGCGUCAUCGGCCUGUGCAUUUUGCUGCUGGCCUCGCCCUUUGUCUUCGCGUUCAAACACGAAGCGCUGUCGCAGAUGACGCCUGAGGUCUUUGGGCUGUUGAUCUUCAAUGGCCUGUUCGACAACGUCUUAUCUCAGUUCGCCUGGGCCAAGGCCGUGCAAUUGACGUCCCCCACCACCGCCACGGUGGGUCUGUCGCUGACCAUCCCGCUGUCGGUGCUGGCGGAUGUGCUGCGACAGAAGUACCUGACGCCUUGGACGCUGGUGGCUGCGCUGCUGGUGAUCAGCGGCUUCCUUUCGGUGACCUACGCCUCCAAACCCGCCACGGCGGCCGCCACUCCGGAGGUGCGGGUAGAAGGUGGCAGACCGCGGCUGAUUUCCUGA